GUUCGAAACGUUGAGAUACUAAUUUCUUUCUGUUAUUUUGUCGUUAACCCAUUUGAUUUUGAUCGCUCCCACCAGUUUUCAGUCGCUUGGACGCCGAGAAUUCAGAAAACAGGGACACCCAGUAAACGUUUCUAUCACAUAUUUCUUAUUUCCUUGUUACAACUUACAAGAGACUUCCGAUUUAAGACUGCCAUCAAUCUUCCCCACUACAUUUCCGUUUUUUGUUAGUACCCAUUUCGAGUUUUGACCUUUUCCAUUCAAACCUGGGCCAAUUUCUUCUUGCGGCUGUUCGUUUCCGCUGAAUAUUUGGCCCUUGUUCUUAGAUGGCGGCAACACUAGCUUCUCACAGCUGUUAUUGCCGCGAAGCAAAGUUAAAUGAGGGGAAAGGGAAACAAGCCUUUGAUCUGUGCUUUUCGAGAUCAAUUUCACUAAAUUCAUUCAACAAGUUUGAGAAGUCAACGUGGAGUCCUCCAAGUCAUCAACAUUUCAGGCUCCGAAAUGAAAUGCAACACAAUACAUCGCCCCCAAGGCUGGGCACUACCAAUGGACGAGCUGUUAAGAUGGUACCUGUAAAUGAAGUAGUGAGGAAGAAAGCUGCAUCUGCCAAUAAAGUUGAGACGAUAAAUGGCAAAAAGCAAGUCAUCUACGGGGCAAGUAUAGUUAAGCGCAGCCCAUCUCCGCCGUUGGUUAGGAGAACAAAUGUUACAGACCCCAGGAAGCUCCCACCAAUUGAGGACCUUAAGGUUUUGCCUUCAGAUGAAGGUUUCAGUUGGGCUAAUGAAAAUUAUAAUUCCGUGCAAAGGAGUAUUGAUGUUUGGAGUUUCGUUAUUUCUUUACGGGUCCGAGUUUUCAUUGAAAAUGCAAAAUGGACAUAUGCAGGAGGCUUCUCAGAAGAUAAGCAGAAAAAAAGGAGGCAAAGGACUGCCUCUUGGUUGCGAGAGCGUGUGCUGCAGCUUGGCCCUACUUUUAUCAAGCUUGGACAGCUCUCCUCAACUAGGUCGGAUCUAUUUCCUCGUGAGUAUGUGGACGAGCUUGCUAAGUUACAGGAUAAAGUCCCUGCAUUCUCUCCAGAGAAAGCAAGAGGAUUCAUUGAAAGUGAACUUGGUGUCCCUAUAGAUACAUUGUUCAAAGAAUUCGAGGAUCGUCCUAUCGCUGCUGCAAGUCUUGGCCAGGUCCAUCGUGCAAUACUGCACAACGGAGAGAGGGUGGUCAUCAAAGUCCAAAGACCCGGUCUCAAGAAGCUUUUCGACAUUGAUCUGCGGAAUUUGAAGCUAAUCGCAGAAUACUUUCAAAGAAGUGAAACCUUUGGUGGUCCUACAAGAGACUGGAUUGGUAUAUACGAAGAAUGUUCUACGAUUUUGUAUCAAGAAAUUGACUACAUAAAUGAAGGCAAAAACGCUGAUAGAUUCCGCAGGGAUUUUCGUAAUAUAAAGUGGGUCCGAGUACCUCUUGUCUUUUGGGACUACACUGCCUUGAAGGUAUUGACUUUAGAGUAUGUACCAGGGGUUAAGAUAAAUCAGCUGAACGUUCUAGACUCACGUGGCUUUAGUCGCUCUCGGAUUUCAUCACAUGCCAUUGAAGCAUACUUAAUUCAGAUACUGAGGACUGGUUUCUUUCAUGCUGAUCCUCAUCCCGGAAAUCUCGCUAUCGACGUGGAUGAAGCAAUCAUAUAUUAUGAUUUUGGUAUGAUGGGGGAAAUCAAAUCCUUCACCAGAGAGCGGCUGCUUGACCUUUUUUAUGCGGUUUACGAGAAAGACGCGAAAAAGGUUAUGCAAAGCCUCAUAGAUCUCGAAGCACUUCAGCCCACUGGAGACCUGUCUUCGGUGAGGAGGUCUAUUAAAUUUUUUUUGGACAAUCUGUUGAGCCAGUCUCCAGAUCAGCAGCAGACUCUGGCUGCAAUUGGUGAGGAUUUAUUUGCAAUAGCUCAAGAUCAACCUUUUCGAUUCCCGGCCACCUUUACCUUUGUCUUGAGGGCAUUUUCUACCCUUGAAGGUAUAGGCUACUCACUUGACCCAAAUUUUUCCUUCGUGAAGAUUGCUGCACCGUAUGCACAGGAGCUUUUAGACAUAAAACAGAAGGAGCAAAGCGGAACACAACUCGUGCAGGAGAUAAGGAAACAAGCCAAUGAUGCCAGAACAUCUACCAUUUCCAUGCCAUACAGAGUUCAAAGAAUAGAGGAAUUUGUACAGCAGCUCGAGUCGGGAGACUUAAAGCUUCGAGUCCGGGUGCUAGAGUCUGAAAGAGCAGCAAGGAAAGCAACAAUACUUCAGAUGGCAACGAUUUAUACCGUGAUGGGCGGUACCCUUUUGAAUCUUGGUAUCACCCUGAGCUCUCAAGGCAGCCAAGCUGUUGCGAGCGGAUCGUUCGUCGGGGCAGGAGUUUUCAUGGCGCUCGUUCUUCGGUGUAUGCAAAGGGUUAAAAGGCUAGACAAAUUUGAGACAAUGAUCUGAUUUUUGACCCUCCAAACACCAUAAACUUGAUCCCCACUCAGCAGAAACUCAGCUACAAAAUCCCUUCAACAAGCUUAAAGAAUCAUUUUUCUUUAUUUAUUUGGAAGACGGAAAACAAGCGCAAGUCCCAGGCAGUUGGAAAGUGAAAACUGCAUACAGGGAGGAAACAAAAAAUUGGUUGUGGGUUACAGAAGAGGCAGCUGAUAUACAUACCUCCUUUAGAAUUUGGAUCAGUGACUUCCACUAUUAUAAAUGUAAUAUAUAUUUUUUUUACUUUUAUUUUAUCUAAGGCAGUUUCAUUCUCUGAUUCUCCA